AUAUAAUAUACGAUAUUCGAAACAUAUUGCUACUUGGAAACUAGUCAUUGUAUUUUCAGCAGAAUCGCACGUAUAUACAAACAAUGGAAAUAAUAAUAACCGAAAUUGAUGUAACCGACAUCAGGUUCCCCACAUCUCUCUUAGCGGAUGGUAGCGAUGCUAUGCAUACCGAUCCAGAUUAUUCGUGUGCGUAUGUGACGAUAAAAACUAAUAAAGGAAUCGAGGGUUACGGGCUGACGUUCACGUUGGGCAGAGGAACAGAAAUCGUGGUUCAAGCGUGCAAGUCAAUGUCGUAUUUGAUCAAAGGGCAAAAUGCUAUUGAAAUCUUUGCAAAUUUUGGAUCAUUUUGGAGAAAGUUGACUAGCGAAUCGCAAUUGAGAUGGAUCGGACCCGAGAAAGGCGUCACUCAUCUUGCUACAGCAGCUAUAGUGAACGCGCUUUGGGAUCUGUGGGCUCGAAUCGAAAAGAAACCUGUGUGGAAGCUACUUACCGAUUUAACUCCGGAACAACUAGUCUCUACCAUAGAUUUCAGAUACAUCACCGACGUUAUUACGAAAGAAGAGGCGAUCAAAUUGCUGAAAGAUAACGAAAGCGGAAAAGUGAAACGCGAAGAAACUUUGCGAAAAUAUGGAUAUCCAGCAUAUACAACGCAAGUUGGAUGGCUCGGAUACAGCGACAGUAAAGUGAAAGAGCUCUGCAAGAAAUUUUUAAGCCUCGGUUUCACAUCGUUCAAGGCGAAGGUUGGUCAAAACUUAAAAGACGAUAUAAGGAGAUGCCGGAUGAUACGCGAAACCAUAGGAUACGAUAAUAAAUUGAUGUUGGAUGCGAAUCAAGUUUGGGACGUUAACGAAUCGAUCGAAUGGAUGAAAGAAUUGCUGAAAUUUAAGCCCACGUGGAUCGAGGAACCAACGUCUCCGGACGACGUGUUGGGACACGCCAAGAUCGCGGCCGAAUUAAGACCGUACGGUGUUGGUGUUGCCACCGGUGAAAUGUGCGCUAAUCGAGUAAUGUUUAAGCAAUUGUUGCAAGCGAAAGCGAUCGAUUAUUGUCAAAUCGAUUCGGCCAGAAUCGGAGGAAUUAACGAGAUAUUGGCCGUUUAUUUGAUGGCGAAGAAACUCCAAGUUCCAGUGUGCCCGCAUGCAGGAGGAGUAGGUCUAUGCGAAAUGGUUCAACAUCUUCAAAUGUGGGACUUUAUUUCUUUGAGCGCAUCCACUGAAAAUCGUGUGAUAGAAUAUAUCGAUCAACAACACGAGCAUUUUGAGCAUCCAGUGCGCGUACAAAAUGCUUGUUACAUGCCACCCGACCAGCCUGGUUAUUCGACUAAAUUUAAAGACGACUGCGUCAGAAAUUAUUCGUAUCCGGAUGGAGAACAAUGGCGAUACAUGUACGAUAAAGGACUGUUUCAAUGAUCGUACAACUAACACGAAUCAAGUAUCGAUGUACAAACGUUCUAUUAAUCGUACACUCUUAUUUUUCUUAAUACGAGUAUAUACUUUUUGUAAGAUUCAAAUAUUUCGGUGAUUUUUAAAGCACGCCAAAUGGUGCAAUUAAUAAUAAACUAUGUUAAUAUAUCUUGAAACAAAGUCUUUUACCUCGUAA